AUGUUCAGCCGGUCAGGAUAUCAGGCCCUUCCCUUGGGAGACUUUGACCGCUUCCAACAGUCCAGCAUUGGGCUCUACGGUGCCCAGAAGGGCUUCUUCUCCUUCGGAUCCAAGCAAGACCCUCUGGGACCGGCUGGGAAUACCACAGAUUCCUCCCAGGGUUGGCUGUCCUGGAUCUGCCAUGGGAUUAUCACCUCCUUGGUCUUCUUGUUGAUGGUUGUCACCUUCCCCAUCUCAGGAUGGUUUGCCUUGAAGAUCGUGCCCGCCUACGAGCGAAUGAUCAUCUUCCGCCUGGGCCGCAUCCGGGCACCGCAGGGACCCGGCGUGGUCCUGCUGCUGCCCUUCAUCGAUAACUGGCAGCGAGUGGAUCUGAGGACGAGGGCCUUCAAUGUGCCCCCCUGCAAGCUGACUUCCAAGGAUGGGGCGGUCAUCUCCAUGGGCGCCGACGUCCAAUUCCGGGUGUGGGACCCCGUGUUGUCAGUCAUGAUGGUGAAGGACCUCAUCGCGGCCACCCGGAUGACGGCGCAGAACGCCAUGACCAAGACCUUGGUGAAGAAAAGCCUCCGUGAGAUCCAGGUGGAGAAGCUGAGGAUCGGGGAGCAGCUGCUGCUGGAAAUCAACGACAUGACCAAAUCCUGGGGCCUGGAGGUGGACCGGGUGGAGCUGAGCAUGGAGGCUGUGCUGCAGCCACCCCGGGAGAACCUGGUGGGCCCUCUGGGCACCGUGCCACCCGUGCCUGGGCUGGAGGGACUGGAUGGCACCAUUCAGCAGCUGGCUGCCCAUUUCUUCAGCAGCACCCUGGCUCUGGCAGGCAGUGGGACCGACGCUCCGGAGGCAGACAGCGUGGAGACGGUGAACGAGGUGGAACCUCCCCCCGCUCCUCUCCUCACCACCAUCAGUAGCACCUGGAGGAAGCCCAGCGCAGAUGAGCUGCUCUCAGCAGUGGAGCCUGUCCUCUCCGAGGCCCUGGUCGGCCAAGUGGGAGCAUCCUACCAGGUCAACAUCAUCCUGCCCAACGGCACCCAGAGCACCUACUUCAUAGACCUCUCCUCAGGCAGUGGGCGAGCUGGCCGUGGCAUGCCUGAGGGCAGCCCCGACGUCAUUCUGGAGGUGGCGGAGAAAGACCUGCAAGACCUCUUUUUGGGUGACCUGCGCCCCUUGAGUGCCUACAUGAGCGGGAGGCUGCAGGUGAAAGGCGACCUGCACCUUGCCCUGAAGCUGGAGGAGCUCGUCAAGGCGAUGAAGCAACGUGUGUGA